AUGGACUUCUCCACCAUCCAACACAAGCUCCAAACCGGCGAAAUCCAGACCCGCGCAGACUUCUUCCAGCUCGUCCGCCUCGUUUUCGACAACGCGCUGCUCUACAACCAGCCGGGCGAUCCGGUAAGCCUCCAGGCCCAGCGAUUGCGGCAGUUUUUCGAGAAAGAAGCCGAGCAGCUCAGCGCGGCCGCCGCGGAGAAGCAUCAUACAGCACGUCGUCGCGCCGUGGCGAUGCGGUGUAGCGCGUUUGCAGCGAUGCAGAGCGCGUUUUCGGAGAGCAAAGCGGAGGAUUGGGUGGUGCAGAGCUUUUUGGAGGAGCGAAAGAAGAACGUUUUCGACGCAUUGAAGCGCCAAUUCUCCGCGUUUUCUGCCGAUUUCGAGACACAAACAACAACACAAACAACAACACAAUCCUCACAAUCCUCACAACUCACACAAUCUACACUGGCUUCACAGGCUGUGAAGCCAGUGAAGCCUCGCGAGCUCUCGGAGAGCGAGAUUUGCGCGCUGAAAGCGCAGCUGGAGGCGCUGCGCGGCGCGGAAUUGCGAAGAGUUCUGCAGGUUCUUGCGGCGUGUGGAGUGGAGAGGAGCGAUGGGAAGUUUCCGGUGGAGGUGCAGCUGCAGAAAUUGCCGGUGGAGACGUUGAGGAGAGUGAUGUUUGAGAUGCAGAAGAUGCAGGAGGAGGAUUAUGUUGCUUGUGCGGCAUGUGGGUGGAAUUGA